AUGAAGGACGGUCUGAACGUAUCGGCCCUGCCGAGCCCCUUCGACCGAUACAAGCUCGAGGGUAAACUAGGAGCUGGUAUCUUCGGCGAAGUAUAUCGAGCUUCGGACUCACAAGCAGCUGGCAAAAAUGUCGCAGUCAAAAUACAAACGUACAUAGACGAGAAUGAAGACCAUAUACAAGAAGAAUACAAAAUACUCCGGGAUUUCACGAAACAUCCCAAUCUUAUUGACUUCUAUGGAGUAUUCUGUGAGAAAUCUGAAGGUUUUAAGAAGAUAUGGUUUGUUCUUGAGUUGUGCGAAUGUGGAUCUGUCAUCGAUAUUGUCAGGAAACUGAAAGCAACAGACAGAAAAAUGUCCGAGGAACACAUCGCUUACAUCCUCAAAUAUACGAUCAAGGCGCUCGUUUACUUGCACGAGAACAAAGUGAUACACCGGAAUGUAAGAUGCAGCAACAUUCUGAUUACAAAGGACGGCGAAGUGAAAUUGACCGAUUUUGGAUUGUCUUGCAAAUUGAAUGGGACCCUUGAUACGAGUAAGACAAAUAUUGGGUCGCCCAGUUGGAUGGCUCCUGAAGUAGUGACAUGUGGUGAAGAGGGUUAUGGGAAUAGGAUAGAUGUAUGGGCGUUAGGCAUAACGGCUAUAGAAAUGGCUGAUGGGAAGGCACCAUUCCAAGAAAUGCAUCCAACAAGAGCACUUUUCCAAAUCGUCAGAAAUCCUCCACCGAGCUUAUUAAAACCUGCUAUGUGGUCCAACGAUAUCAAUGAUUUUAUCACUGAAUGCCUCGAAAAAAAUCCAGAACACCGACCUUACAUGGUAGAAUUAGAAGAGCAUCCUUUCAUACAAUCUGUCCCGGAAAACGAUUUUCAUCUUACGACGGAAUUGAAAGUAUUGGCUGCCGAUAUGAAGAAUGUAUCAUUAUCAGAUAAAUUACCUGAGAGAAUGAUUAAAAACGGCCUACUAACAGUUCAAGGUGUUUCUGAACCUGAGACCAUGCAAGUUGAAGAUUUAGCAGCAUUGGAAAAAUUAACAGAAGACCACAUUCUGACAGAGUUACAGACUAAAUUAGCUAAAGGAUCAUUCAUGUCGUUUAUCGGAGAUGUUCUCUUAAUUCUUAAUCCAAAUACAAACGACGAUAUCUACAAUGAUAGUUACCAUCAAAAAUAUGAAUGCAAAUCGAGAUCAGAUAAUGAACCACAUAUAUUCGCUGUAGCAGACAGUGCAUAUCAGGACGCUCUGCACCAUAACGAACCACAGCACGUUGUAUUUUCUGGUGAAUGUAAAUCGGGCAAAACAACAAAUAUGUUACAUGCUCUAUCCCACCUUACGUACUUAGGGGCUAUGAAGAACAAUACAGCUGAGAGGAUUCAAAAAGCAACUAAAGUAAUACAAGCAGCUAUAACUGGAGCAACUCCGUUGAAUGCUCACUCUACAAGAGGAAUUUUCCAAAUACAAGUGACUUACGGCAGUUCCGGAAAACUAAGCGGUGCCAUAUUCUGGUUAUAUCAACUAGAAAAAUGGCGUGUCUCCUCCACCGAUAUGUCUCAAGCCAAUUUCAACCUGUUGUAUUAUUUCUACGACGCUAUGGAAGCUGCAAAUCGAACCGAAGAACUGUGUUUAGAGAAAAACAGAAAACAUCGGUAUUUGAGGAUACUCGAAGAACCAAGCAAGGGUUUGAAAGGUGUAAGGGAAAAUUUUGAAAAUAAUGCUACUCUAUACAAAGAAUUUAUAGAAAAUCUUAAAGCUUUGGACUGGGAAGAAGAAGAUAUAACGUUUUUCGAAACAGUCUUAGCUUCUAUUCUAGUACUUGGUAAUGUCAGAUUCAAGGAUGGCAAAAGUGGCACGGCUGAGAUAGAAAAUCCUGAUGAAGCAAAGAAAGUUGCUAAACUAUUGUCACUAGGGGAAGUACAAUUUCUUUGGGCUUUGUUGAAUUAUUGUUUAAUCGAAAGUGGAACUGCUGUAAAGAGACGACACUCUACUGAUGAAGCUAGAGAUGCAAGAGAUACUUUGGCAAGUGCACUGUACAAAAGACUAAUCGACUGGAUGAUUAAUUUAAUAAAUUCCAAGCUCUCAUUUAUGAGAUCUGUGUUUGGCGAUAAAUAUUCAGUGAGUUUGCUGGACAUGUUUGGAUUCGAAUGCUAUCACAGAAAUAAAUUGGAACAGCUGAUUGUCAACACAACGAACGAACAAAUACAGUUUCUGUACAACCAAAGGAUGUUUGCUUGGGAGAUGCAAGAAACAGCAGAAGAAGAAGUUCCAGUAGUAUCCUUGCAUUUCUAUGAUAAUAAGAAUUCAGUGGACCAGCUAAUGGGAAGACCUCUUGGGUUGUUUUAUAUUUUAGACGAAGCUAGUCGAACGGGUAGUGGACAAGAGUUCAUAAUGAGUACCAUAAGAACAACAUGCAAAGGACCCUACAUCAAACUAUCUGGCAGCCAUGAAUUUAGUGUGGCACAUUACACGGGAAAAGUUAAUUACGAUUGCCGAGAAAUGGCUGACAAAAACAAAGAUUUCCUGCCUCCUGAAAUGAUAGAAACUAUGCGAGCUUCUACCAAUGUUACCUUACAACAACUUUUUAGGAACAAAUUAACUAAAACUGGAAACUUGACUGUAUCAUCAAGCCAACCAAAAGUAACUGUUGUGAGGUCGAAAUCCGAGAAAGAAAUGGAAAAUCUGAAAGCACGUAAAUACAACACGGUUUCCAAAGGUCAAUAUUCUCAAGUACACCGAAUGAGGACAGCAGCUGCAACCUACCGAGCUACUAGUCUAGAAAUUUUGAAGCAAUUAUCCAUAGGCCCUGGAAGUGGAGGCACUCAUUAUGUUCGCUGUGUCCGAGCUGAUCUGAAUGACAACCCUAGAGGAUUCCAACCAGAGGUGGUUAGACAGCAGAUAAGAGCUUUGGCAAUUUUGGAUACCGCAAAAGCACGGCAGAGUGGAUUCUCUAGUCGUAUUCCCUUUGCAGAGUUUAUUCGGAGAUAUCGUUUCUUAGCAUUUGACUUUGACGAAAAUGUUGAAGUGACGAAAGAAAACUGCAGGCUGCUGAUGAUUCGUCUUAAGAUGGAAGGUUGGGUACUUGGAAAAAGCAAAGUAUUUUUAAAGUAUUACAACGAAGAAUUUUUGUCAAGGCUUUACGAAACUCAAGUGAAGAAAAUCAUAAAAGUGCAAUGCAUGAUGAGAGCUUUCCUGGCCAGAAGAAAAGCUAAUAAAGAUAAAUCGAAAAUGAAGCACAUAAAAGAACUGAAGAAACAACAAUCGAUGAACGUGACCGAGGACGAAGCUGCAUUGUUGAUACAAAAAGCAUACAGAGGUUACAUUGUCCGCAAAGCGUAUGGGCCUCUCAUAAAUAAAAGUACAGGACAAAUUGACGAAGAAACUGCGUCAUUCCUAAAGAGAUUUGCCAUGAAGUGGAAAAGCCGGUCUAUAUUUCAAGUUCUGUUGCAAUAUCGAGCAGUUCGCUAUCAGGAUCUAGUGCAUUUCUCACAGCAGGUGCAUAUUUACAACCAGGCAGUUUUGGAAGCACUGCUUAACACUAGUACCUCCGUCCUCCUAGACCGGGUAGACCCUCAUUCGAAGGAAGGAGACUUCCUCGGCUCUGGUCCUCCUACAGUGUGGAAGCUUCCAUUUAGGAUCGACCAGCUGCAGUAUUACGACACCUCGUAUAUGUGCGACCCUUCAGCUAAGAGCAAUGACACAUUUGCCAGUCAAUAUGAUUCCGACCACGAGCAGUGGGACGAACCGUUGAAACGUCGAUUUAGUUCAGCACAAACCGACACCAGUAAAGCGUCGGCGAGCACACAGACGCUCAUCACAGUGCCAUUCUGCAGAGAUCCGACGCAACCAGUCCCCGUGCUACCGCCAGACGAACCAGACAAAUUGACAGCGUCAAAAUCCUUCCGUAAAGAUGGACCGGCCAAUAGACCUGCAGUAUACAAAAAGAAACCAGGCCAUACACCACAUUCAUACUACCAGCCACCUGAGCCCUGGGCAGGAGUACGGGACGACACAGAUAUCCUCGAAGACGCAGCACCAAAACUUCGAAAGACCGGCUACACCAGGAGCCUCUACGCUAUUGAUACCGAAGCCCAAGAUCCCAUAAUGGAACUACAAGCAAUGGCUAAGUCCACCAGCGACAUGAACGAGGACGAUCCCCCGUUCAAUUUCCAGGCUAUGCUAAAGAAAACCCCACGGAAUAGAGCGUCUAUGAAGAGGUCUAACGAGUUGGGUAUUGACAUGGAAGAGAAACAGGUGGUCACGAAGCAUAUUAUAUCCCCUAGCAAGGCAAAACCACCAGCAGCUCCCAAAAUGCAGGCGCCAACUCCUCCGCCAGGUAAACCUCCUACUCCUUCAACUAAACGUACUGCCCCAACACCUCCACCCUACAGAAUGGCUGCAGAGACUCCUCCACCGAGUAGAGUAACUCCACCUCCACAGCGAUCUCCAAGUAAAGAAUUCAUUCGAAAAAAUUCAAAGGACCUCAUUAUAGCAGCUUUGAAGAAGAGAGAUUCAAAGACCGAUCUGAUCAAUUCCGACGACAAUAAAAUGGAAAACGAGAAGGUGGAACUAGCGCCAGGGAUCACAGUCGAGGGUACGGUCACGGAUUUAUAA